AUGGAUAUAUAUGGUAGCUAUCCGUCACGCUUAUCAAUUGCCUGUUCUGAGUUGCUACCUCGAAUUCAAAAUCAAAGCUAUACUUUGGAUGUAUAUUUUUUGCAAUCAGUUGUUGAUCGUAUUUUCAACGAUUCACAAAUUGAUCUUUUAUCUGUUUUAUCACAAUCAGGUAUGAAUGAUGCUGGAAAUGAAUAUGACCAAGUAAUCGAACUGAUUGGUAUAAAUUCGGUUGUAUUUAAGCUUUUAUUGGAAUCAAAAAGUGAUUUUUUCAAAUACUUUAUGACUUCGUUUUGUCGACAUUUGGAACGUAGUUCGUGUAUAUUACCACUGAAAAUUGUUCAAGAUAGUGUCUAUAUGAGACUUCUCUCCGAUUAUGUUUGUUUUAUGAUGCCAGUUAAUGAGGAAAACGCAAGUGCUGUAACAGGAAAGAAAAUUCAUCCUGAAAAUACAAUGAAAAGUAGUUAUAGUACACCGUUAAAUCUCUUUAAAGAGGAAGCUUUAAGGCGAUAUGCACUAUGUCCUUCAUCACAUUCCAUUCGAACAUUACGAACUAUGAUUCAGUCUAUUUCACCACACUUUUUAACAUUCAUAUAUAUUCUUGUUCGUUCAUACUGCUCACUAUCAAAUUGGCCAACUGAUUAUCGUUUGAUCGCUCUAAGAUUUGUUCUUAAGGAAAUUCAUGUAUUUGCACUUGCUGAAUCGGAAGAUUUCAAUUUUUCUCAAUCGAAACUUCAAUUGCAAUGGAAUGCACCAUUUGCGGAUGAACUUUUUGAUUUUUUCUUGUCAUUAUUCACUCGUUGGCCACCAAAUCCAUCAUUUAUUAAUCUUUUCGAUGUAUGGGUUACAUGGAUCCGACCAUGGCGUUACUGUGGCAAUGAUCUACAACGUGUUAUGCCAUUUAUUCGUUCCAAUCGUCGUUAUUAUAUCGAAUUAUCAGAUGCAUUCUGGGAACGGAAAUUUUCGCUCGAAUGUACAGGCGACAUAGAGAACUUAGCUUCAUACAUUUGUAUUCUAACUUCUCCUGAUAUGUUGGAAAUAUACGAAACCUUGGAAUAUAAUUUGGAGCCAAAUGUGCUUGCUUUAUUGAAUUCAUUGAAAAAUGAUGCGGAAAAUUUACGUUUAAAAGUGCUGAAAUAUGAAGAGCAAUUAGCAAAAACAAACUGGUUUCAGCGCACAUUCUUUUGUCUUGAGGAGGAAUUAUUGUUGUCGGAACAAAAAAAGACUUUGGAAGCACUGGAAAGGCUUAUUUUGAACGCAAGCAAAGCUAUGCCAGAUGGAGAUUGUAGUGAAUCACAGGAUGUCAACUUUGCUACAAAGACAAUUUCAACAAAUGAAGCUGAGAGUACUUAUAAUUCAUCUAAAUCACUAAGCUCUUUCUCACCACUUUCACGAAAGCAAAUUCCCGAUCAUUAUAUUGAUUCAACGACAAAAUUGAUGUAUCUUACACCACUUGGACGAAAGCAAGUUGCUCAAGGAACACAUCGUUUUGAUUAUUCGAAUUGCUGGAGAGCAACACCACCAAUUAUUUCAUCACUUCGUUCUGAUGAAGUCUGGUGGUUAUCCAGAUUAUUGUAUCGAAUUUCUAGAGCUAUUAAUCGUACCAAAUUUAUUGAGCAUCUUUCUCAAUCCUAUAAUGAUACUACAUUAACUGGUUUUAUUGCUCGAUUUUUGCUUGAUCCGGAAUAUCCAAAUAUUUCUGUUCCGGCACAUUCAUCAGUUAUUGCAUUUCAAAAACCAUGCUUAAAUUUACGUUAUUUUGCAUAUUAUCGUAAUUUAAUACCAUUUUGUAUUUUCUUUAUUUUACUCUUUUUUCUCCCUAUUUCAUACUGCUCAAUAAUAUUGUUUGGCAUGAUGUUGUAUAGUAGAUUUUUGCCAUAA